AUGUUCCGCAACGCCGCCCGUCUGUCCCAGCGUGCUACGCGCUCGACUCCGGUCCGCCAGACCGUUCAGCGCCGCUUCAACUCCGCCGAGGCUAAGCCCGAGUGGAUCGUCGACAACGAGUUCAACCGUGAGCGUGCUGCUGUCAAGCACCACGCCGCCUCCACCAGCGACCUGUGGCGCAAGCUCUCCAUUUUCGCUGUCAUCCCCUGCCUCAUUGGCGGUGGCCUGAACGCCUACUACCUGUGGAACGAGCACUGGGAGCACUGGGAGCACAUGGCCCCUCUCGAGGAGCGUACCGAGUACCCCUACCAGAACAUCCGCAGCAAGAACUACCCCUGGGGAGAUGGUGACAAGACUAUCUUCUGGAACUCCGACGUCAACUACCACGUCAAGGACAAGCCCACCUAA